AUGUAUUACCUAAAAUUAUUCCUGAAAUUAUUGUUGCUCCUCUUUUUAAGCUACGAUUUCAUCGUUUUGAAGAACGGGACUAGGGAAGUUGUGCAUGGAGACAGAAAUUUUUUAAAAGAAAGUUAUGAAUUUUUAUUCGUCCAAAAGGACACAUUUCCAUCAUACAUAAAUAGGGACAAUCAAAUCUCCAUUUAUUUUUGCAAAUCCUGACAAUCUCACUAUGUGUUAAGUCGAAUAAAGAAAUAUUUCGAUUUAUUAAACCAUGGAGAGGAUACGGAAAUAUAUUUUGAAGAAGACAGUUACCAAGCAGACAACAGUAGCAAUGGUGAAGAAAAGUAUGUUAUAUUUUUGCGGAACAUCAAGGCGGCAUUAAUUUACCGACUUAUAUGCCGUUUUGUCCUUUUUAUUUACGUCCUGAUUGCAGCAAGUUUGAUAUUCCCGCAUUAUUUGAAACCGUACAUACCACCAAUUCUGCUAAACAAUCGGAGGUUCAAUGAAGUGUUUGAAAAUAUGCAACAAAAAAAACUAAUGGUACUUGGCAUCAUGUUUUUUUCUUACAACGUCAUAUAUGGGAUGUUGUGCAACACAAGUGUGAUACAUGUGUACCAAAAUAGGAAUUUGAUUUACGACGAUUAUUACUCCGAUCAUCUAUUUGUGCAGCGCCUCCGCGAGAAUAUGACUCAUGUGCCUGGGUAA